GGCGAGAAUCUUUUCUCGGGACCGGAACAGGAAAGGCGUUCGUUUCUUUGGCGCAAGGGUGCUUGUCGCGUCCGUGCCAAUUCAAUGGCGUCCGCUUUAGGUAUAUUAAACCCUCGCCUUACGCGCCGUCUCCCUUAGUUUUUUUCUUCCGCGGAACGAUUUCGCUGGACUCUCCUUCAAUGUUCGGAGAAGCAAAUCAAGGUAGAAGACGAAGAUGUUUUAUCACACCGGAGUAAAUAGCAUAAACAAGUAUUUCCUUCUCCAUGUUUUUAAUGCAAAGACCUUUUUGGUGCUCAGGCUUUCACGGGGAAAUGAUAGAUAAUGAAAUGAAAUCGGAAAGAGUCAAAGAGGAGAAAUAAGUUCCUUUGUGCUUUGCUAUGGAGGACUCUAUGGGAAGAAGGACUGCUAGUGGGAUCAUAACGAGCAAAGGUGGAUGCAGCAUUACCUUUAGGGAACAGAAGUUCCAUGACAGAAGCAUCAGAUACUGUAACCGGAAAGGAUGUUGUGCUAGUCGCUAUUCCAUUAAAGUCACCCAGGUAGGAGAAGACAAAACUUCCUGUCGCUCAGGUUCAUCUAAGUCACCAUCGUCUAUUGGUUUUAGAGAGUCGACAUUGGAGAAGAGAUAUGAUGAAGAAGAUGUUGCAGAAAGUAGUAGUAGACAAGCUGAUAGCAGAAAGUAUGCAGAUUCAAUCAGAAGAUUGGGGAAGAAAGAAAAGUCAAGCUCUCUAAGCCCAUUAGUUGAACCCACAAAAGUUCGUCAUAUUGGAAAAACUGCAUCUCGAGAAGUGCAAUCCUGCAGUGUGAAAUUGAGUUCUAGGGCAUCUAAAGAAGUAGCUAGGAAGCCCAAGUAUCAGCUUAGAGACAUGUCAUCCAGGUCUAAGGACUAUCACUUGAAUGGUCUUAGACAAGCAGAUGCAUCUGAUCUUUUCCUGUCAAAUUUUAACUCUACCAAUUCUGCAACUGCACGAGUAGAAAAGAAUUUGAGGAGAUCCUUUAGAAAUGGAAGCCCAUCUUCAAGAGACAAUUUAACAUCUAAUCAAAAUCCGAGAAGAUCAAGAAGCCAAUCUACCAGUAUGGGUGUUGUUUCAGUUCGAACAAGACAGUCACCUACCGGUAAUCCUAGAACAAGGCCCUUAGAACAAGUAGACGAGUCAAGCUUGCUACCAGAUCCGAUAGGUGAAUUAGGAACUGUUCCUCAAAGUGCAUUAAGAUCAUCGAGAGUGGAUAAUGAUAGUUAUCCACUCUUAAGUAUUGGAAGUGUUGCUGAGGUGCUACUGGAGCUUGAGAGGAUCGAAUAUGAAGGACUGACAUACGAGCAACUGUCAUUUCUUGAGAAUCAUUUAUUUUUAGAUGGCCUGAUCAAUGACCAUUACAGUGACAUGAGGAUGGAUAUCGAUGACAUGACAUACGAGGAAUUGUUAGCACUAGGAGAGGAAAUGGGUACGGUGAGCACAGCCCUCUCGGAGGAAGCUUUAUCGAAAUGUUUGAAGAAAAGCAAAUAUAUUCCUGCUUCUCCGAUUGCUGUCUUCUCUUGCUCUGACGAAGGCGAUGCCAAAUGCAGCAUAUGCCAGGAAGAAUGGGCUGCUGGAGAUGAGAUGGGCAUGCUGGUUUGCGAGCAUUUCUACCAUGCCCAAUGCAUCCAUCAGUGGCUUCAGUUAAAGAAUUGGUGCCCUAUCUGUAAAGCUUCUGUUUCUCCUACUCCUUGAACGUGAUUCCUAGUAGUUUUACUGCUCCUUAUAGAAGGAUAUUUGAUAUUUCUAUUAUCGAUUGAAAGCUUUCAUCAUGUUGUAGAUAACAUUCUUUAAGACUUCAUCAAUCAUAAACAUACACAAAUCUUUGUCGA